AUGACCAAGGACGAAAGUGGCAAGCGCAAGGCAACCGACGAGCCUAGCUCGCCAACCGCCUCCAAGCGAACCAAAGUCGAGUCGACAGAACCCGAGAGCAAACCUGCCAUGAAGCCGAUCCCUUUCCCAGAAAAACUCGGUGUCAUCGAAGAGCGAAAUGGCGAGAUCGAGUUUCGCGUUGUGAACAAUGACAACAAGAGGGAAUCGCUCAUCAUCCUGACUGGCCUGAAAUGCAUUUUCCAGAAACAGCUGCCAAAGAUGCCCAAGGACUACAUAGCUCGACUUGUCUACGAUCGGACGCACUUAUCUAUAGCAAUCGUCAAGAAGCCGCUCGAGGUUGUUGGUGGCAUCACGUAUCGUCCAUUCAAAGGCCGCCAGUUUGCCGAAAUCGUCUUCUGCGCCAUUAGCAGUGACCAGCAAGUCAAGGGUUACGGUGCGCAUCUCAUGUCGCAUUUGAAAGACUACGUCAAAGCCACCAGCGAUGUCAUGCACUUUUUGACAUAUGCCGACAACUACGCCAUUGGUUACUUCAAGAAACAAGGUUUUACCAAAGAAAUCACACUUCCUCGAUCGGUCUGGAUGGGAUAUAUCAAAGAUUAUGAAGGAGGUACUAUCAUGCAGUGCUCCAUGCUGCCACGAGUGCGCUAUCUUGAAAUGGGCCGCAUGCUGCUUAAGCAGAAGGAAUGCGUCCACGCCAAGAUUCGCGCCUUCUCAAAGUCACAUGUCGUCCACCAACCCCCAAAGCAGUGGAAGAAUGGAGUGACGUCGAUAGACCCCAUGUCCAUCGACGCGAUCAGAGAAUCUGGUUGGUCACCAGACAUGGAUGAACUAUCGCGACAACCUCGUCACGGCCCCAACUACAACCAGCUGCUUCACCUUCUCAACGAUUUGCAGAACCAUCAAUCUGCCUGGCCUUUCCUGAUUCCCGUCAACAAGGAUGAUGUGGCCGACUAUUACGAUGUCAUCAAGGAGCCCAUGGACCUGUCCACCAUGGAGGCCAAGCUGGAAGCCGAUCAGUACAGCACACCCGAGGAAUUCAUCAAGGAUGCCAAACUCAUCUUCGACAACUGCAGGAAGUACAAUAAUGAGACUACUCCCUACGCCAAGUCUGCGAACAAGCUUGAAAAGUACAUGUGGAACCAAAUCAAAGCCAUCCCCGAGUGGUCGCAUCUUGAACCGUAG